UGUAUUUAAAGGGGUGGACGGAUUGAUGUGCGUACGGCACGCAGGAUGGGUCAAUUCGUGUGCGCGUUGUUCUACGCGACAGCGCCUUCGGCUCGCGCGAACGGAAACGCAGCCCGAGACCCAGCCAGAUCGCUACAAGUUUGCGGACUCGCCUGUUUGGGAAGCAGGAGUCACCGGUCAGACAACAUUUCGAUGAAAAACAAGCAGCCACCGAGGCUCGAGUCGUACCGGCGUCAGGAGCGGUUUGGAGGAGCGGGGGGAGAUGAGUUGGAGGUAGACGGGCAGAGGAAGUCGAGCGCAGAAACGGAUCGGGUCGGUAAGUUUGACGGAGUUGCGAGGGAGGAAACGGGCGAAGCGAUCGAUGCGGGAUUCGGUGCGCGCGAGUGGGCUGAUUCACAAUGCGGAGAACGAGCUGCGGAGGACGACGAGAGGAAGACGCGUGAGUGGUGGAACAUGGAGGAACCCCGAGACCUCAAUAUAAACAAUAUCGGUUUUAACGGAGGGACCGCAUUAAGGCUGUUCUCACCGAUCCGGUCCGUUCCAUAUCAACCACCGGUUCUCUCCUCAUACGGACCGACCAGGCUCCUGGUUCCUCCACACCUGACUCAAACCCCACCAGCUGUCCAGCCCGCCUCGAAGGACAUCUCCAUCUCUGUCUCCCCUCCUGAACAGGACUACGUCCAUGGCGAGGGGUUCUCGGAGUACCGGGGUUUCCCCGGGACCAUCCCCAGACUCAUCGUGACCUACGACCCGGACCCGAGCCCGUGCCAAGCCGAGGACGCGGAGGUGGCCGAGCUCCCGCUGAGCUUCGGGACGUUAUCUUUGGACCUGCAGCCCGGCCGCGAGUCCCCGUGCUCGGACAGCGGCUGCGGGGGCUCCCCGAUCCCCCGCGUCUCUCUGCGCAAACUCUCCAGCUCGUCCUCGGCCGGGCUCUCGUCCACGUCUUCCUUCGAAGAGUCGGAGGAUGACAUAACCGGGAGCGACAUCGAGGCCGCUGGGUUGUCCCCGGAUAUGCGGAUCCGAUUCAUGAGUCCAGAAGACAUGUCCCGGCAAAGACCAUGGAGGAAGGUAAAGAGCAUGGAAAGCAUCACAUCCGAUAAGAAGCCUUGGGUGCAGUUAGCCGGCCACCCAGAUAAUUUCCAGGCAGGGGAAUGCGGUAGGCUGUUGAAGAAGUAUUGUGCGCGCGAGCAGCAGUGCCUGCAGCAGCUGAUGUGUGACUCGCUCAGGUUUUACGUACCAGGCUACUACGGCGUCAUGAAGGAAGGCAGUCAGGAAUACAACGUGAUGGAGGACCUGCUGGCUGACUUCGACUCUCCGUCCAUUAUGGACUGCAAAAUGGGCAGCAGAACGUAUUUGGAGGAGGAGCUGGUGAAAGCUCGUCAGCGGCCCAAGUUAAGGUUGGACAUGUAUCAAAAGAUGGUGGCGGAGGACCCGGAUGCCCCAACCGCAGAAGAAAGGGCUCAGCAGGCCGUCUUGAAGCCACGCUACAUGCAGUGGAGAGAAACCCUCAGCUCCACGGCCACGCUCGGCUUCCGUAUCGAGGGCAUCAAGAAAGCAGACGGCACGUGCAACACCAAGUUUAAAAGAACCAAGCGCAAAGAUCAGGUUAUCGCGGUCUUCAAGGAUUUUGUGGAUGGAGACACCCAGAUCCUGAGGACGUACUUACAGAGACUAGAGGAACUGCGCAGGGUGCUGGAGACAUCGGAGUUCUUCCAAACACACGAGGUGGUAGGCAGCUCCUUGCUCUUCGUCCACGACACUUCAGGAAUGACGCGAGUUCGGAUGAUCGACUUCGGGAAAACGGUGCAGCUUCCUAAUUCUCAAAAAUUGGACCAUCGCACUCCGUGGAGUGAGGGCAACCGCGAGGACGGAUACCUGUGGGGCCUGGACAACAUGAUCAAGAUCAUGGGCAACAUGAUCUAUGACAAAUUAUUUCCAGACCCAUGACUGAAGUGCUUACUUUACUUUACAGUGGAGCAGGGACCAAGGACGCAUUAGGGCCGGAUAGCUGUCACUUAACGGGUUCGGUGGCUAGAGACGGGACGUAGAACCCAACAGACAAGAGUUGAGUCUGAGUGCCUUAGCCGACUGAUGUUUAGUCACAUGGCAGGAUGCACAACCCACGUGCGCACUCGGACCAAAUGAACAGAUGUGUCUUUUAUUUUUCUGCAGCUUUGUAUGUUUAUAGGGGGAAAAAACUUGAGACUUUUUUUUUUUUAACAUAAUGAAAACACUAGAACACUGGAAAAGUACCCAUCUGUGUAUCCUCUAUUAAUAUUUUUAUAGUAGUGUAAAUAGGUUAAUUUAAUUUUAUUCCUAAGAACACUUUUUUCCCCCCUGCUUCAUGUUUUUACUGCGUCUGCUUUAGCAGUGAUGUAACUGACGACACCUUUUGUAUUAACCCUUAACCCAUUAUCCUUAACACAGGAGGUUAAAUCCUUAAUAUUUUAACACAGGAGGUUAACAUCUCAGGUAAUCGCAUACAGCAAUGUUUAUUUGAAAGAUUGAACUUUUUAAAUGAAUUUGGUUUGAUUUUUUUAUCCCCCCCUGUGAUUACUGAAAGCCAUAUUCGGCAUUCCAUAAAACAUUCCCAUGUUGAAAAUUUCCCUAAGGACAUGCGUAAAUCAUGAGUCUUAAAAGUAGUUAUGACUUUUUUCGAACAGUAAAAGCCAUGGAAAUUCAGUCAGACAGCUGGUUUUCUGGGCUGAAAUGUCACAGGACUAAGAUGGAAGAAGACACUUUGAGAUAUAUAUAUAUAUAUAUAUAUAUAUAUAUAUAUAUAUUUUUUUUUUUUUUUUCCCCUCCUUAAAGUAUUUCAAAAUCCUGACGUCAUUUUUUUUUUUGGGAGCCAGAGAACAAGAUCUUGUGUUUCCUGUUAAAUAAUACCAGAACACAUUAAAUAACUGGAGCCAAGAACACAGAUUAGUCACUUCCUGAAGCACUGCACGUUAUAUUCUGUAUAAACACUGAUUGUAUUAUUUUAUGUUCUUUAUAUCUGCUGACGUUCUACUAUCUGGUAGUUUGACCUUUUGGGAGGGGAUUUUUUUUAUUUUAUUUUAUUUUUUAAACCAUCAUUUGAUGAUGACUGGAAUGUUCGGUUGAGUAUUGUGACCUUCGGACUGUUUCGCAACUAUAAAAUGUACGAGCUAAAAUUCUGAUCCAGCGAAGAUUUGGAGCCAGCGGAGUAUUUUUGGGAGAAUAUUCCAAAACUACGCAAAUCGUAAACGACGUGUCGAGCAGAAUGUGUUGAACAGUUCAAAUCCCUCCACCCCACCCCCAAAUCUAGGAAAAACCAUUGAGAAAGCGCAUGUUGCUCAACCUUUGUGCUAUUACAUAAUCACGCGUGCUCAUAUAGUGACAAAUCUCUACUCAUCUCAGCGUUGUGUUUAAACUUGUCCAUUGGAAAAGUGUUUCCCCCCCCUUUUUUUUAUAGGGAAAAAAAGGCUUUGGUCUUUGAAACGACAGUAUUUACAUUUCUUAGCAUGAUUUUUCAUCAGAUCAGUGCAUGGUGGUUUGUAAUAUCUUUUGAUAAAGAUCACUUUAAAGGGCCGGUUUGUCAUUUUUAAUGUGUUCAGUGGUGAUGACUUGUUCAACACUGAUGAUUCUCUUUCCCUAUAACUCCUCACACCCAUGUUGUUGGAUUGUCUUUUAAAGUCAAAAACUAUCAGAGAUAAACAGCUGUGUUUCAGUUGGGAUUGCGUCUGCAAUAUUUCUGUGCCAGAAAUCUGAAACCAGAAGUUACUAAGAGUUCUUGCAUAACAAAAUCAGUUUUUAACUCAUAGAAUCUGUACUACAUGUGUUUUGUAUUUGAUUGUACUGUAAUUACAGGAUUGUCGCAGGUCUUAAAACACUUUAAAAUUGACAAACCGUUAAGAGAUGUUGUUUUAAAAGGUCUCGGGCGUAAGGGAUUUUUGUUGGGAUUGACUUAAUCUUUCAGUCGGCUCAAUUUGUCCAUGUUUUCCUCUUUGAUGUACGAGGGGCGUUCGAGUCAAACCUGGGCGUUUGAUUGCGCAGAUCAACAGAACACAGUUAUGAGAGUAAAACUUUUUUUUUUUUUUGUAUGGGAGCACCUUUUUAUGGGGGAAAAAAAAUUUGCCUAGUUUGAUCAACAAAGGCGUAUUCUGUUUCUGCAGGACAUUGUACAACCUCAUACUGCCCAUCGUAACAGUUGCACAUUACAGGAACUCAGCUGGGAGUUAUUGCUACAUCCUCCGUACAGUCCUGACUGAGCCUUUUAACCACAUAUUAGGUUAAUUAACAGAGUUCCUGGGAGGGCAGCUUUUCAAACGUGAAGCAGGCUCUGGCGUAUUGAGACAACGUUCUACCUUGAUGGUAUCCAUGCACUAGUGAAACACUGGGGAUAAGUGCAUUAGUGUAGCCGGGGAUUAUAUAGGGGAAUAAAGGGAGUUUUGACUGUAAUAACUCUGUUCUGUUAUUAUGCACAAUCAAAAGUCCACCAAAUACUUUGAAUGUAUUCAGAGUAAACCUCUUAUCACAGAUUCAGUUUCUUCCCUAAAGCAGAGGAACGGAUCCUCUAACAUAAAUUGAGAUUUAACUCUGAAUUAAUUAUUUAUACCCUGUGACUGCAGGUAUUUGGGAGAGAUUUAAGAGAGAUUUAAUUAGGAAGUAGAGUGUAAAUGUUUAAAAAUGUAAAUGGUGUAUAUAAUUAUUUUUGCUGUUUUGAGGGCAACUACAGUAGAUAACAGUUGGGACAAACCUUUUCUGACUUUUCAUGGUUGGUAUUAAAAACUACUUUGUAAUCUGGCUUAGCAUCAUUAUGUAUCAGACUACAUCUGGGAGGAAGACAUGGUUACUUUGUUGAUCGCUUUGACCUGACUUUGGGUAAGCAGCAAAAGAGGAAAGGGUACUGCUUGUUUCGAUUACACGAUCAGAUCGAGCGGUACCUUUACUCUUUUGCUGCGUACCAAAGCUUUGUGUUCACAUGAAAAGCUGCAUGUGGAUCAAAGUUGUUCUGCAUGACAUCCCAACGUUUGUCAGUCAACAGUCCAUGAAAGUGUUCGACAUUCAAGUGCAAUCAUUCAUUAAUUGAAAUACAGUGUAAGUUGGCACUUUUUCAUACACAUGACUAGUGUUGAUGGAUUCUUCGUUUUUCUCAAAUGUUUGUUUUCAUUUCCUUUAUCUUUAAUGCCAAUACAAUAAACUGGAAGUAUGACUGUUAA